AUAUCAGACUUAUACAGACACCGAAAACGUAUCUUGCCGCAGUAAAUUUAAUGGUGGAUAAAGAAGUCGCCAUUGCGCGGCUACAAAGCACGCUGCUUCGUCUAUCUAAAGAGGACUUAAUAAAGCUAUUGAAGAGUACAUAUCAGGCUAUGCGUAUAAAGCAUGGCAUACCCUUUGAAAGAAGUGACGGACAUGCAACUACCUUAAAUGCUCAACGUGAACCGUGUGCCAAGGGCGCAAAAACACCGGCUGCUCGUACUAAGCGUCGACAGAAUACGGGCGGCAAGAAAACAUCUGAUGCUGCUCCUGACACUGAAAGCUUUCGUAAGGUCGAACAACCUACGUUUCGUCAGAUUGAUCGUUUGGCUGAUGAUUUGGGAGAUUUACACUUUUCAAGCUUAUCUUACGACUCUGAUGAUGUUGCUGUAUCAGAGCAUUGUUUAGGUGAUCAGGAAAGUGACAUGCCACAAUCCCACCAAGUUACAUCUAAAUCCUUUGGUACUCCGGACAGCAUCUUAAGUGAUAGAGAAUUAGCUAUUCAAUCAUUAAAGGAAGAGAUGCGACAAUUGGUUCCACCCCUUGACUUAUCGAAUAUCAGUGCCAGCGCCAAAGAAGGAUACAAUCUCAGUGAUCUGAUCAGCACACAAAAUGAUCACAUACAUAGUAAUCACAUGAACUCCACAUGCAACGACACUGUAGAACCAUCCUCUUUUUUGAACGCGGAAAACGUUGGUGCGCGAUACAUUGAUGGCCUAGGAACCAAUGCAUAUCAUCCUCCUUAUAAUCAAACAAUUUCACAUCCACGUGGAUUAAUGCCUCGAUCAUAUGGUAUGGCACAAUACCCUGGUAAUUGGAUUCCACUGACGGCAAAUCCACACUAUGUUCGAGGCCCCCUUCUAAUGCAUCCUCCUCGUUUGACAAGGCCAGGUACCGCAGAUAAUUUUGAAUAUGGUGAGAUGUAUCAUAUGAAUACUCCUGGGUCGGUUAGACGUCGAACCCAUUCUGUACAUCGCUUGUAAAGGUUGGUAUAAUAGACGUCCCUAAAUGUGUGUGUA